GGGCACCACACCAACGCUCAUCUCCCGCUCGGCUCCUUCCCAGGGCUGGAGAAGUUUGAGGGCUGCUACCUGCACAGCCGGGACUACAAGAACCCUCAGCCUUUUUUUGGAAAACGGGUGGUCGUGGUUGGCAUUGGGAAUUCAGGCAUCGAUAUCGCAGUGGAGCUGAGCCACACAGCCAAGCAGGUUUUCCUCAGCACCAGGCGUGGGUCCUGGGUGCUGCACCGGGUGGCAGACAAUGGGUACCCCUUUGAUUACAACUAUGGCACUCGCUUCCUGCACCUCGUCCAGAAUGUGGUGCCUAAAAGUAUCCUGAAUUUCUUUGUGGAGUGGAAGCUGAAUGCCCGCUUUGACCACACACUCUAUGGCCUAAAGCCCAAGCAUGGGGUCCUUGACACACACCCCACUGUCAACGACGACCUGCCCAACCGCAUCAUUUCGGGCAGGGUGAGGAUGAAGCCGAACGUCCAGGAGUUCACAGAGACAUCUGCCAUCUUUGAGGAUGGCACCAGGGAAGAUGUCGAUGCCGUAGUUUUUGCCACAGGAUACAGCUUCUCCUUCCCGUUCCUCGAUGGCUGUGUGAAGGUGGUGGAGAACCAGAUUCCCCUCUACAAAUUCGUGUUCCCCCCUGACCUGGAGAAGCCAACACUGGCUUUCAUUGGCCUCAUCCAGCCCUUGGGAGCCAUCAUGCCCAUCUCAGAGCUCCAGAGUCGCUGGGCCAUCCGUGUCUUCAAAGGGCUGAACGAGCUGCCCCUGCAGCACGACAUGGAGGCUGACAUUGAGCAGAAGAAAGAAGCCAUGGCAAAGAGGUACGUGAAGAGCCAGCGGCACACCAUCCAGGUGGAUUACAUCCCUUACAUGGACGAGCUCGCCUGCCAGCUGGGGGUCAAGCCCAACCUGCUCUCCCUGUUCCUCACGGACCCCAGGCUGGCCAUGGAGGUGGCCUUCGGUCCGUGCACGCCGUACCAGUACCGGCUGCGGGGCCCGGGUGCGUGGGCAGGAGCCAGGGAAGCCAUCCUCACCCAGCAGCAGCGCAUCCUCAAGCCCCUGCAGACACGACCUGUGGAAGAGAGCACCUCAGCCCCUGCCAUUCCCCUCAUCUUCAAGCUGAUCGGGGCUGUGGCCAUCCUGGCAGCUGUUUUUGCUUACUUGUAGGUGCCUGCAAGCUCAGGAAGGGAGGCUUUUGUCCUGGGGUGACUCCCUGAACCAGGACAGCUUUGCAAUGGGCUGCGGGACUGGCUGGCCACCUCUGGCCCUUGGCAGCCUGUGCACCCCAGUGGUGGCAGAAACCUUCCUGCUGCCUGGCACGGCCCAGCUGUGGCCACACCAUGAACUAGGGAUGCACAGAGCCUCCCCAGCUGCCAAAAUAAUGCUUGGGCUCCUGCUCUGCACCUCCCCUUGGGGAAUGCUGUCAUGGACUGAGGAGGAAACCUGCUCACUGCAGGCUAAAUUCCAGUCCCUCUCACCCAGUGCUCCGGGCUUUUCUGUCCCCUGUAACCCAGCUGUGCCAAUUUUGCCACACGCACACCAGAGCUAAGCAGCAAAGGCACAGCACACUUUCUAAGUGGAUAAAUGCAAUAAACAGCCAAGUGUCUGUCCUGCUACUGACACCAUCACGA